UCUCUCUCUCUCAGUGGCACAGCGACCACGGGAAAGAGAGGUCGCCUCCCGCAACGCUCUCUCUCUCAAGUUAGUGUGCGCGUGUGAGAGAGAGAGAGAGAGAGAGAGCUAGCUUACUUGCUCUCUCACUCAUAGGACUACUACACUCUCACCUCUCCCAGCCCUGCCAUCUCCCAAGUCAGGCCGCAGCGUGUCCUUUUCUGCUACGUGAUUGGCUAGAGAAAGGACAGCUGUUGAUUGGAGGGUUGGAUAGGUGGAUUGAAAGACAGACACCACCACCACCACCACCACCACCACCACCACCAUGUGCCCCGCCCCAUUACUACGGCCCCGUCCAGCCCCUCAUUAGCUAUGGCUCUCUUGCUCCUCCUCUUCCUCCUCCUCCUCCUUGUGCCCCGCCCUUCCCCCGCCUGCCCCGCGCCCUGCUCCUGCCUCCCCGCGCCGGUGGGUGUCGGGAGAGGGAUGGGCGUGGUCUGCGCGGGCCUGGGACUGACUGACGCGCCCAUAGAAUUUGAGAAUGGGCUUGAGGUAGUUUAUGUUGACCUCAGCAACAAUGAAUUAAGUGACCUUCCUGACCUGACCUUCGCAAAUUACCCAUCUCUCCUUCACCUGAGGUUAUCGGGAAACAGAAUCAGCAACAUUGGCAACACUGCUUUUCACCGCCUACACCUGAAGGAACUGUAUUUAGACAACAACCUUUUAACUACCUUGCCUGAUGCCCUUCCCACCUCGCUGCUGAGACUUUCCCUGGAGGAUAACUACUUCACCGAUGCCCCUACGACACUACCGGAACUCCAGAACCUUCAGGAGCUGAAUCUCGCGCGGAACAAGAUCAAAUUAAUUAGCUCAGGUGACUUCCGGAAUCUCUCUCACCUGUUGUCGCUGUCUUUACAUCAGAACCAAAUAGAGGAGAUAGAAGAGGGUGCAUUUGAGUCUCUACAGUCACUCCAAGUCUUGGAUCUGACGGAGAACAGCCUGGAGGAGGUGCCUGGUGCUGUGUUGUCCUGUGUGCGCCUCACCAGACUGCUGCUGGGCCACAACCGCCUGACACACCUGGGGGAGACGUCCUUCUCUGGCCUGCGGGACUUGCAGCAGGUGACUCUCCAGGGCAACCCGAUCACCACCGUUCAUCCUGCAGCCUUCACCAACCUGCCUUCCCUCACCAAGCUAAUCUUGAAGGAAAUCCGCGGCCUCUCCCACUUCCCUCAUGUCAACGGAAGCAAGAGUCUGGAGCUGAUCAGAAUUGACAGAGCCUCCUUAACUGCCCUCCCCGACUCCCUGUGCUCCUUCGUGCCCCGCCUUCGUAGUCUGAACCUUCACCUGAACGCCAUAAGAAAAUUGCCUGACUUGAGUGGUUGCGCUGAACUGAGGCUACUGGACCUGAGUGACAACGCCAUCAGCAGCCUGGGCCACGCAUCCUUCAAGGGCGCGCCACUCCUGCAGGACCUCCUCCUUCAGGACAACAGAAUAUCACACGUUCCUGCUGACGCCUUUGUAGGACUCGCCAGCCUGCAGGUCCUGGAUCUACAGAGGAACCAGAUUUUAGAGAUAGAAGAGGAUGCCUUUCUUCCACUCGCCAGCCUCGAGGACAUUAACCUCGGCGACAACCACUUCCCCAGACUCCCUCACCUGGGCCUGCAACACGUGGUCUCCAUCAAGGUGCACAACAACAGGCAUCUCAGGGUGUUUCAGGGCCCUGACAGCUUCCCUAAGGUGCACUCCCUGGUCCUGUCCUACGCCUAUCACUGCUGCCCGUUCCUAUCCAUCGAAGAAGACGUGACACAGGAGCCGAGGAUAGGAGAAGAUGUCCUAUUCAACAUAUCCUGGUCCUCCCAUCCCAGCCUCUGGAACGCGACUGGUGGAUGGGGGAUGGGAGGGGAGGAGGAGGAAGAUGAGGGCGGGUUGAGCUUUGAGAGGCUGUGGGCUAACCUCCCCACUGCCUUCCCUCCAGCACUCCUCAACUACACCCACCCACACUCCGGCCGCCCGCCCCUGCCACCCCGAUCCACGCCCACACGCCCCCAGUGCAUCCCUCUACCUGGUCCCUUCAUGCCGUGCCGAGACCUGUUUGAUUGGUGGACGCUGCGCUGCGGGGUGUGGAUCGUGUUCCUGCUGGCGCUGAUGGGCAACGGCGUGGUGGUGGUGGUGCUGGUCGCCGCCUACGCCAAGAUGGACGUACCGCGCUUCCUCGUCACCAACCUCGCGCUGGCAGACUUCUUCAUGGGCGUAUACCUAGGGUUCCUGGCGGUGGCGGACGCCUCCACGCUGGGUGAGUUCCGCAUGUACGCCAUCCCGUGGCAGAUGUCCGCGGGGUGCCAAGUGGCGGGCUUCCUGGGCGUGCUGAGCUCCGAGCUGUCGGUGUACACGCUGGCGGUGAUCACGCUGGAGCGGAACUACGCCAUCACGCACGCCAUGCACCUGCAGAAGCGGCUGUCGCUGCGACAGGCAGCGUACAUCAUGGCGGCGGGCUGGGUGUUCGCCCUCACCAUGGCGGUGCUCCCGCUGGCGGGCGUGUCGGACUACCGCAAGUUCGCGGUGUGCCUGCCCUUCGAGACGGCAGGACCCGGCCUGGGUUACGUGGUGUUCCUCAUGUUCAUCAACGGCGUGGCCUUCCUCAUCCUGAUGGGCUGCUACUUCAAGAUCUACUGCGCCAUCCGCGGUUCGCAGGCGUGGAACAGCAACGACUCCCGCAUCGCCAAGCGCAUGGCACUGCUCGUGUUCACGGAUCUGGUGUGCUGGGCGCCCAUCGCCUUCUUCUCCCUCACCUCCGCCUUUGACCUGCACCUCAUUUCGCUGGAGGAGGCCAAGGUGUUCACGGUGUUCAUCCUGCCUCUCAACUCGUGCUGCAACCCCUUCCUGUACGCGCUGCUCACCAAGCAGUUCAAGAAGGACUGCGUCAUGCUGUGCAAGACCAUCGAGGAGUCCCGCGUCACGCGAGGCAUCGGCCGCUGCCGCCAUUCCUCCAACUUCAGCAACAGACAGACGCCCGCCAACACCAACAGUGCUGUGGACCACACGUCGCAGGGCGACGGCAAGCCGCCCUGUGGCUGCCGCCUCGGUAAGCAGGAGAAGAGGCGGCGGCCGCGCCUCAGUCUGGCGGCGCUCAAGCACCUGCUGUGCCAGCGCGGCGCCACCACCACCACCUCCUCCAGCGACGGCAGCUUCCAAGCAGACGCUGCGGCUCGCCGCGGCCCGCGCCACGCCUCGCUCUCCAGUGACACCUGCAGCGGCUCCUGGAGCGACACAUGGCGGCGCGGGCGUGGCGGCGCCGCCGUGCCGCGCCCCGUAGACCGCCGCCGCCAUAACUCGUGGUCCGCGUCGCACCGGCCCUCUCAGGAGAGCAGCCUGUCCGCCUCGCGCCCUGACUCCGCUGCCUCUGCCUCCACCGCCACCUGGCGCAUCUCCCGCUCCUCAGUGUCCUCAGACACCUCCAACGGCAGCGGUAGGGCGCGGGGCUGCGAGGCCACGGCGGCACCACGGCGCUGCGGGCGCGGGGCGGGGCCUCCACGCCAGCUGAGCCAGGGCGCCCUCGUUCCCGCCACGCGACCACCCACAGGGCGUGCCAAGCCGCGCCUGACGCGCCAGACAGCGGUGGAGCGCGAGGCUUACACGCCAGGGCGCGAGGGCUCGGCGCCGGACAGCCCGCCGUGCCCGCUGCACCUGCGGCCUGACCAGCUGUCCUGCGUGUACGAGCAGAGCCACGAGGACGACCCCGCGCCCGCGCCGCCCCUGCUGCUGGACGCCGCCGCGCUAGACGACAGCGUGUUUGCUGACUCCAGCGACGAUCACCACGCCUCGCCUCCCGCCUCGCCCCCCGCGCCCGGCCACGCCCGCACCCAGGACGCCGCCCCCGCCACCUACACCGAGGCCUUCGAGACCGCCGUCCUGGUGCCCCCAACCUCAACGCAGGCCGCGCCCCUUGAGACGCACUUCCCCCUGGAGGAGCGCCGCCCGCUCAUCUGAGGCGACGGGGCUCAGGGCGCCACGAGCUGCCGCGCCCUCACGCGAUGGGAGCAGCCGCUCACCGUGCCGCGUCGUGUCGUUACGCGACGCCCCGCGCUAGGCAGAGGGCGCGGCUCAGCGAGGGGGGGUGUGGCGUGGCUGGACUGGGGAAGGGUGGGAGGCGAGUUCGCCAUACAAGCCAAAGACAAGUAGCCUGUAGCCUGUAGCCUGUAGCCUGUAGCCUGUAGGUCGUCGUAGCGUCGCUGUGCACCUGUUGUAAGCACCUUUGUAUAACAUUAUUACUUGAACUAUUUAUCUAUUGAAUGUUGUGACUUGCAAGUGUUUGUCAGCCACCAGUACUACAAUACAGUACUCCUCUAUGUACC